UUUUGCUGUCCUUUCGCGCUGCCCAAGCGCCGUUACACAAGCUGAUCCCGUGGCACUACGAGACCUGAUAUCGGAGUAGUGCAUAAUCACUCACUGGUAAUCAAGUCACCGAGCAUGUAGUCGUGGCGCCUGAUGCAAUGGCUGCGUGCUUCGUGCGCCUUCGACCGGGCUGUAGCAAGCUGCUUCGCGCCACAGGACAUUGGGGCAUACGAUUUGGAAGCCUCCUGGUCGCCCAGAAAUAAUUGUCCUCAGCGUGCUACUGCGCUAGCCCCUGCUACCAGGACUUUGCCAUGAUGACU